AUGCAAGUACUCAUUUUCCAAACAAUGCAAAUUCUGGAAAAAAGCACCACACAGUUGGAGCAACGCGCUAGGGAGUACAUGGCAGUGGAAGGUCUCAGUGGUGGUCUCUUCCUAGAGUCUAGUAAGAGGAACGUUACCAAGCAAUCCGAAAGUACUGUGGACAAUGACAUCGAAAAGGGAUGGGAAUUGAUUGACCCCUCGCACCUGUGA